UCAAUGAGAUCUUUCUGUACUCUGCUCCUAAUAAGAUUUUCCUCUUAUUCAUCUCGCAGGUAACCUCUAAACGAACCUUAUGAAGAAAACAUUGCCCUUUGCCUUUCGUCUGAAAGGAAAGUACGCAGGAUUAACAAGAACAAGAAAUGAAUUGGAGAAAUUAUAUUUCAAGCUACAUACCUUUAAAUGUAAGGAAAGGGAGGAUUGUGCUGUAAAAAGAGGGGUUGGUAAAGAGAAAAUAAGGCUACAGCAAUACAGAGACUGGGAAGAGGAAAUGUCCUAUUCAGGAGUCCAUAUCUGUGAACUUCAGGCAUAAUAUUAGAAUAAUAAAUGUUAAAAAAUGGAAAAUUCAUUGUCAAAAUCACACACAGGGGAGAAGCGACAUAAUUGUAAGGACUGUGGGAAAUGUUUCAUUGAGAGAAGUUCUCUUGCUAAACAUCAACGAACUCACUCAGGAGAGAAGCCAUAUAAAUGUGUGGAAUGUGGAAAGAGCUUCAGUCAGAGUGGACAUCUGUGUAUCCAUCAAAGGAUCCACACAGGGGAGAAACCACAUACAUGCAUGGAAUGUGGAAAGAGCUUCAGUGAGAGUGGAAAUCUACACACUCAUCAGAGGACCCACACAAGGGAGAAGCCACAUACAUGCGUGGAAUGUGGAAAGAGCUUCAAUCAGAGUGGAAAUCUACGCACCCAUCAAAGGACUCACACAGGGGAGAAGCCACAUACAUGCAUGGAAUGUGGAAAGAGCUUCAGUAAGAGUGGACAUCUGCGUAUCCAUCAAAGGACUCACACAGGGGAGAAGCCACAUACAUGCAUGGAAUGUGGAAAGAGCUUCAGUAAGAGUGGACAUCUGCGUAUCCAUCAAAGGACUCACACAGGAGAGAAGCCACAUACAUGCAUGGAAUGUGGAAAGAGCUUCAGUCAGAGUGGACAUCUGCGUAUCCAUCAAAGGACUCACACAGGGGAGAAGCCACAUACAUGCAUGGAAUGUGGAAAGAGCUUCAGUCAGAGUGGACAUCUGCAUAUCCAUCAAAGGAUGCACAUAGGAGAGAAGCCACAUAAAUGCAUGGAAUGUGGAAAGAGCUUCAGUCAGAGUGGAGAUCUACGCACCCAUCAAAGGAUCCACACAGGGGAGAAGCCACAUAAAUGCGUGGAAUGUGGAAAGAGCUUCAGUCAGAGUGGAAAUCUAUACACCCAUCAGAGGACCCACACAAGGGAGAAGCCACAUACAUGCAUGGAAUGUGGAAAGAGCUUCAGUCAGAGUGGACAUCUGCAUAUCCAUCAAAGGAUGCACAUAGGAGAGAAGCCACAUAAAUGCAUGGAAUGUGGAAAGAGCUUCAGUCAGAGUGGAGAUCUACGCACCCAUCAAAGGAUCCACACAGGGGAGAAGCCACAUAAAUGCGUGGAAUGUGGAAAGAGCUUCAGUCAGAGUGGAAAUCUAUACACCCAUCAGAGGACCCACACAAGGGAGAAGCCACAUACAUGCAUGGAAUGUGGAAAGAGCUUCAGUAAGAGUGGACAUCUGCGUAUCCAUCAAAGGAUGCACAUAGGAGAGAAGCCACAUAAAUGCAUGGAAUGUGGAAAGAGCUUCAGUCGGAGUGGAGAUCUACGCACCCAUCAAAGGAUCCACACAGGAGAGAAGCCACAUAAAUGCAUGGAAUGUGGAAAGAGCUUCAGUCAGAGUGGAGAUCUACGCACCCAUCAAAGGAUCCACACAGGGGAGAAGCCACAUAAAUGCAUGGAAUGUGGAAAGACAUUCAGUAAGAGUGGAAAUCUACGCAUCCAUCAAAGGACUCACACAGGGGAGAUGCCACAUAAAUGCAUGGAAUGUGGAAAGAGCUUCAGUCAGAGUGGAAGUCUACGCACCCAUCAAAGGAUGCACACAGGAGAGAGGCCACAUACAUGCAUGGAAUGUGGAAAGAGCUUCAGUCAGAGUGGAAGUCUACGCACCCAUCAAAGGAUGCACACAGGAGAGAAGCCACAUACAUGCAUGGAAUGUGGAAAGAACUUCAGUAACAGUUCGAAUCUUCGUACCCAUCAAAAGAUUCACACAGGAGAGAAGCCACAUAAAUAGGACAAGUGCAAAGAAGCAGAAUGGUUGUCCAAAGAACUUCUAACGACUAUGACUCAAAAGAGACAUGAACAGGAAGUGGAAGGGGAAGAAAUCAUAUAACCAUAGAGUUGGAAGAGACCUCAUGGGCCAUCUAGUCCAACCCCCUGCCAAGAAGCAGGAAAUUGCAUUCAAAGCACCCCGGACAGAUGGCCAUCCAGCCUCUGCUUAAAAGCCUCCAAAGAAGGUUCCACAGCUGAACUGCUCUCACAGUGAGGAACUUCUUCCUUAUGUUCAGGUGGAAUCCCCUUUCCUGUAGUUUGAAGCCAUUAUUUUGCAUUCUAGUUUGCAGAGCAGCAGAAAACAAGCUCGCUCUCCCCCUUAUGGGAUUUUGGCCUGCAUAAAUAGGGGCAGAGUGUCUAGAUCCAGGGAAGUCAUGGCACCCCUCUAUUCUGCCUUGGUCAGACCACUUUACCUGGAAUCACACUGUGUCUAAUUCUGGGCACUGCAAUUGAAAGGAGAUGUUGAAAAGCUGGAAGGUGUCCAGAGGAUGGCGACUAAAAUGAUCAAGGGUCUGGAGAACAAGCCCUAUGGGGAGCGGCUUAAAGAGCUGGGCAUGUUUAGCCUGCAGAAGAGAAGGCUGAGAGGAGACAUAAUAGCCAUGUACAAAUACGUGAAGUCAUAGGGAGGAGGGAGCAAGCUUGUUUUCUGCUGCCCUGGAGACUAGGACGCAAUGGAACAAUGGCUUCAAACUACAGGAAAGAAGAUUCCACCUUAACAUCAGAAAGAACUUCCUCACGGUGAGAAGGGCUGUUCGGCAGUGGAACUCUCUCUCUGCCCCGGACUGUGGUGGAGGCUCCUUCUUUGGAGGCUUUGAGGCAGAGGCUGGAUGACCAUCUGUCGGGGGUGCUUUGAAUGCGAUUUCCUGCUUCUUGGCAGGAGGUUGGACUGGAUGGCCCAUGAGGUCUCUUCCAACUCUGGGAUUCAAUGAUUCUAUGAUUUAAAGUGAGUAAAUCGAGAUAAAAAUCAGCAUAGAGCAAGAGUUUUGUAAAUUUGUUUUUCUAUUAGUUUUCUUAUUUUUAUGUAGGUUAUGUGUCCUUGAAUCGUUAAUGUUUCUUAUGUAGUCCUUUCUUUAAAAAUGCCAAAAUUGUAAUUUAUAUUAAGAAUUAUCAGAACAGCCUAUUAAGGGGACAAAAAUAAAGCCAGGAAAGCUCCAGGUCUGGAUGGAUUGGGAACAGAAUAUUACAAAAGUAUUAGAGAAAUACUGACUGCAACAAUAUUAGAAUUGUAUAUUGGAAUAAUGAUUGUGGAGAAAAUACCAGAAUCGUGGAGGAAGUCAUUCAUAAUAUUAAUAUGAAAAGAUUUAACAGACCCAAAGUCUUACAGGCCCACAUCAUUAGUUAAUCAGGAUGCAAAGUUUUUAUCAGUUAUAAUAGCCAAUAGAAUGAAUAAAUUCAUGUACAAGUAUAUAUGAAAAGAUCAAUCUGCGUUUGUAAAAGGAAGACAAAUGUCACGUUUGAUAGGAAGAGUAUUAAACAAAAUAUGUGUGUCUCAAGAGAGGAAGUUAAAAGUGGGGAUACUAGCAUUCGAUAUAUUUAAUUCUUUGAUUGUGUAGCAUGGCAGAUAAUAAGUGAGAUUAUAAAUUAAUUUGGAAUGGGAAGUAGAAUAAAAGGAUGAAAAGGAAGAGUUGAAUACAUUAUUUCUUUGCAACUUUUCUACCCCACCUUUCUCCACCCCAAAGGAGACUCAUUUGGACAAAUGAUAAAUACUGUAAUGGCAGUCAAAGAAAUUGACGAAAGAAGUUACAGAACAGAUCUCAAAAAGAAGAAGGAUUAGCACUUCCUCAUAUGAAAAAAUAUUAUAAAGCAAACAGACUGAGAUUGGUUAUACAAGGAAUGAUGAAAAGGAGGAUGUAGAAUAGUUAAUAAUGGAUUCAGGAAAAGUGGAAGAAGAAAUUCGGAAUAUGUUUUAAAAUAGUUUAUGAGAAAAAAAAAUAAGGUAAACUGGGAACCCAAUGUUGAGUAAUGCAUUAGAAAUAUGGAACAAAUACAGGAGAAAGUUAAUAACAGAUGGCUCAAUAAUAACCCCAAUUAUAAUGGAAAAGACAUUUCCAAAAAAUAAAAAAUAUAUAUGAUGGAUAAAAAAAUUAAGGGGAAAAACUUAGAUAAAAUAGGGGAUGGGCCAAAGGUUGGAAUGAAGAAAGAAAAGAUUAGGAACAUAAAAAUUUGAAAGGAAUAUCCAGUAAAAUUUCUAAAAUAUUAAUUGAAAAAAACAAA